GCUGGUAAUAAUGUAUCGCAUAAGAGAUUAUGUUUCCUAUUUGAUGCACAAUGUAAUCGAACAUUAUUAUAGUGUGUUAUGUGAUAAAAUGCUUGACUCAGUGAUCAAAUAGAAAUUCAUUGUGAGCGGAUUUGAGCACACAAUUAAGUGUCCCAUUAGUUAGCAUAGUAGGCCACAUUUAGACUGACGGUGUUGUUAGUUAAUUAAUAAUUGCAUUAAGAAGUUGAGAUCACGCUCAGUCAAUGCUCUCGUCGGAUUUGUAUGCUAUAACUCAAAUGCACUUAAUAGGCUAAAGUCUUUUUGUUUGUGGAACAAUAGGCUAAAGUAAAGAUACUAUGUACGUAUGACACAACAGAAAAAAGCUUGUAAACAUUAGAUUAUUCUUCUGUUAAUUAAAGUUUAUUUAUAUUUAAAGGGCCAGGUAAGACGAAGGAGUAAGAGGAAAUAAUUAACUAGGGGUAACAAAAAAGUUUGCAGACAAAAGCAUGUAAAUAUCUUUGAUAUUUGAAUAGAGUAAAAAGGCUACCGAUCCAAUGCUCUGUGACACUGUCAUAUCUCAAUCAUACUUUCUGCAAAAAGCUUCCAUGUCGCUCUAGCCAUCAUGCAGCGUCUAUAGUACACAGAUAUACGUGUGAAAAUUUCUUAAAACGAGUAUAAAAUAUAUUUUAUAUAUGCUGUGUAGAAGUAGAGAUUGUUAUCAUCAUAGUGAAGUCUAAAACAUUAUAACUUUCACUCGGAAACUAGCAAGAAUAGUUGACAAGAAAAAACUAGCAAGAAUGAAAGCAGUUUUAAGGGCCACCCUAUAAGUUAUUCAUUUUUCUUUUACAUUAGUUAUUGGGCUACUCUAUAAGGGCCCAUUGUAUUGAGGUUUUGUUCGAGAGCUAGAAAGCCCAAGUAAACUAUAGGAAAUUGUAUGGCAAGUAUAUUAUCGUUUCUGGCAAUAAUUGUAUACAUAACAUUAUAGAACCACAAUAAUUAUUACAUCAUCGCUGUAACCAUUAAAAUAAUUCGGUUAGUAAUUUAAUUUCCUCAAGAGAAAGAAAAAAGCUUGCGUCUAUAAAAGCCGGUUGGUCUAUAAGUUAACGAAAUCUCAAAUCUCCUCCUCCUCUCUGGAUCGAGCAGAGCGUUUUACACUUCGAGCUUACUCUAAAUCGCGUUCGAAUCCUUAAAUUCUGCGCCGUUCCUCUCUCAAUUUCACUUCUUCACUAGAGUUUUCCCUCACCGGCGAAGCUAGUCGGUUCCUCUUCGCCGGCGAAUUUGGACGUUUUUGAUGGAGAAAGUUUCUUCUCCGGUGCCAAAGUAACUAACUUUCGCUGGAAGUGAAUUGAUUUUUGUGUGUUUCCGAGAGGGAUGCGUGUUGCCUUGGUUUACAAUGGUUCCAUUGGGUGAAGCUGUAAGAGAGUUUGAACAUGAGCAAUGGAGUUGGAGAAGGUGGAAGAACUCAGAUUAGAGAAUCACAGGGCAAGAGAAAGCUUUUUCAAGGCAGUGAUUUCGCCUACGCUAUUGCAAGAAUGGCUGUGGCUCAGAUUUGCGAGAGUGUUGAGGUUAAUGUCUAUCAGGAUUCACAUACAACACGCGAGGGCCUUAGGUUUAGCUCUUUUCAAGAAUCUGCUCUUGAUAAGCUAACCGGUGUAGCGGUUCAGUAUGUCCAGAGCAUUGGGAAGACUGCUAAGCUGUAUGCUAACGUAGCAGGUAGAGUAGAGGGUAAUUCUCUGGAUGUUGUUCAGGCGUUAGAGGAUUUGGGGUCUGGUGUGGGUUUCGCUGGUGUUUCGGACACUGACCGUUGUCUUGCUGGUUCCAGUGUAGUUAAGGAUGUUAUUCGUUAUACAGGAGAAGCGGAGGAGAUGCCGUUUGUUUUUGCUCUACCUCGUUUCCCAGUUAAUAGAGAGAAAAGACCUGCUCCUAGUUUCUAUGAGGUUGGAGUAGAACCUCCAGAUGAGCACAUCCCGGUUUGGCUUCCUGCAUUUCCCCGAACCAAAUCGUGUCAUAUAUCAGAGGAAGCUAAUGCAGGCGCAAUCGAAGUAGAAGUUGGGAGUAAAGAAAAUGGGCCAUCGUUACCGAGUAUACAACAUUCUUUCAAUGGUGGUGGGUUAGAAGUACUCAAGUCUCCAAAUGAUGUUAGAAAAUCAACAGAAGGAGAAGAAGAAGUGGAAGGUAAUCCAUUUCUUACCGCACCUCUUCGAUUCGUGGAGAAGGAAGUGUCACCUGUGUUCGGCCCUGUGGAGCUUAGCAUCAACCACGUCCCUGAUAAGAAUAUGAGCAACAACCAUCGCAUCCCAGUUCUUGAGGCAUCUACUCCGUCAGAUGAUAUCAACAAGGAGAACGGGUUUGCUGAAUCCGAGGAUGGAGAGAAGAAAGAUGGUGCAAGACCUCAACAAACUUUGUUACGUUUCAAGGUUGGAACUCUGAAGAGACCUUCGUGUUUGGCGAUAAAGAGGAGCGUCCAGGAACAGGGGUGGUUUCAAGAAGGUGGAGACAAGAGGGAGAAAAAGUUAGGAACCGAAAGGAUUGAUUUGGGAACUGUCGUCUCAGAUGUUAAAUAGAUGGAGAAGAAACGAAGAAAUGGACAGGAAGAAGCCAGCAUUAAGGAGCUUCUUGUGAAGUUAUGACCAGACAACAGAUUAGGCUCUUUGGUGUUUUGCUUUGGAGGCUACCUUGAAGAAGAAAGAAGAGAAGUGGAAAAAAAGGUUUUUGUUUUAGUUCUUUGAUAAAGAGGUUUGUUUCUUUAAAGGCAAAAGAUACAACUGUCGCCGGAAAGCUUUGAAGCAUAUAUAAUGUAAGAAUGUACAUGUGUUAACAUGUAAGGUUAUAUACAUGUAACAAAUUUUGUAUUUAUCAUAUAUUCUUUCAAUUAUGUCAGAGCUCUGAAAAA